AUGGAAAAUGAAGAACUAAGCAUCAGAGAUUGUAUGUGCCUCCCCCUGAUGAUAACAAUUGAGAAGAUAUCAUCCAUAAAUUCGUUCUUACUUCACCGAAUUCUUCUCACAUUGCUGAAGUUAACUCAUCAGUGUUUCGCAAUGGUAAGACUUCUCGCGACGUAUCUUUUUAAAAUGAAGAGCCAUGUUAAAUAUUUCAUUGAGUAUGAUAAAAUUAGAUCUAAGGAGGAAACGAUGUUUAACAAUAAGGGAAUGCACACACUGGACUAUGUGGAGCAUAGCCCCCUCUGGGGGGACGGGGAAGAGGAUAUCUUGAAGAAGAUCAUGGAUCUGUCCUCCGAACUCGUCUGCGCUUCGGAGGGGAGCGACGUGUAUAGGCUGGUUACUAUAGGAAGUGUUUUUAUCUGA